AAAAUUAAUUGUGUUUAUCAUAUUUUCGGCACGAUGUUGUCGUGUUGUGCUUCGUUGAAGUUUAUCAAUGGUUACUUGAUUGAUAAGUCUGACAACGUAAAACGUGAUAUUGUUAUGGCAAAUAACGUAUCUGCCGGUAAUAGUUGAGAGUUGAGACUUAAUGUUUUGUACUUAGUCUUUAAAAAUUAUUUUACUAUUGAAUUGUUAUUAAAAUGUUUAAAAGUUGAUUCAACUUGUUCAAGUACAUAGUACAAUAUUUGAAAAAGUUACAUUCCCUUAAAAUUUAACUUGUUUAAUUCAGUUUUCUUUUUGAAAAAGCAUAUAGUUCAUACUAUUGAAUACUUUAUUAAUUGUUGAAAAAUAAAUACAAUAUGGAGAAUACAUUAAAAUUUGAAGUACUCAGCACUUGCAAUUCUACUAGAGCUCGUACCGGUCUAAUGCACUUGCCUCAUUACACAGUGGAAACUCCAAUAUUUAUGCCCGUCGGUACCAAAGGAUCGGUGAAGUCUUUGCUGCCCGAUCAAUUGGAGAAAAUCGACUGUCAAAUUAUUUUGGGAAACACGUAUCAUUUAGGUUUCCGGCCGGGUAUCGAGUUACUUAAAAAAGUAAACGGACUACAUAAUUUUAUGGGAUGGAACCGAGCCAUCUUAACCGACUCUGGAGGUUUUCAAAUGGUUUCAUUGUUGCAUUUAGCCGAAAUCAACGAGCACGGUGUUAAGUUUCAGUCACCCGAGGACGGUUCAGAGUGCAUGUUGACACCAGAAAAGUCUAUUGAAAUACAAAACGCGAUUGGUGCCGAUAUUAUCAUGCAACUGGACGAUGUUGUCCCAACAACGUUACAAGACAGUGCCAGGAUGGAAGAAUCGACGUAUCGUACCACCCGUUGGUUAGAUCGUUGUAUAAAAUCGCACAAACAUCCAGAAAAGCAGAAUAUAUUCCCAAUAGUACAAGGAGGGCUCGACAAGGACUUGAGAACGUUGAGUGCUAAUCUACAUUGUGAGAGAAAAGUGAACGGUUAUGCAAUCGGCGGACUCGUCGGCGGCGAAGCUAAAGAAGAUUUCUGGCGGAUGGUUUCGUUGUCGACAGGUUUGUUACCUGAAAACAAACCGAAAUACGUGAUGGGAGUCGGUUUUGCCGUUGACUUAGUAAUUUGUUGUGCGCUAGGAGCCGACAUGUACGAUUGUGUUUUUCCCACAAGGACAGCUCGAUUUGGAUGUGCGUUACUGUCAAGCGGCCAAAUAAAUUUAAAACAAAAAACGUACACAAUGGAUUUUGACCCAAUCGAUAAGAAUUGUAGAUGUUCCACUUGCAAAACUUAUUCUCGUGCAUAUUUACACCAGAUUGUUGCUGUCGAGUCGGUGGCAUGCAAUCUCUUGUCUGUGCACAACUUGACUUACCAAAUGGACUUAAUGAAAGGCAUCAGGAAUAGCAUCAAAGAAAAUAGAUUCCCACGAUUCGUACAGGAGUUCAUGUCGAAUAUGUACCCUAGCAAAAAUUAUCCUCAGUGGUGUAUCGACGCGUUGCAAAGUGUCAAUAUAAGUUUACAAGAGGAUAAUUAGUAAAUAGAUUUUGUCGUCUUGCUUUGUUCUGUCAAUGGUAUGACGGUUGAGUCAAUAAGUAAACUACUAUUAAUUUUAGUUAAUAUAAUUCCUUGUUGUGGACUGAACUUGGGUGAAUCUAGUUGUUAUUUGCGUACCUCAUUUUUUAUCUUAGGUCUUGUCAAUCAAUACUAAGACAAUAAAGUAAGAAACAGUGUUGUCACGUAUAUAAUUUUAGAUUACAUUUUAAUUGUUUUUUUUUCAUGUUUUAUUACCUUAAUAUAUUUUCCCUUAAUAGGUUUACAUAAUAUAUUUUCGGUUUACUAUAAAAUAAACAAUAAUAAUAUAUUGUAAAAUAUAUUAUGAGAUUUAUUGUAAUCCAAGAAACAACAUAUUGUCGACGUCAAAGUAAAUUUUAUUAAUGUGAAUAUUUAGUUUAUAUUUCGUUUAAACACAAACAGGCAUUGAAAUAAUUACAUUCACAAUUCAUGUAAUAAGCACCUUACAAUGUUAUAUUAAUUGUUUAUGUUACAUUAUUUGGUACAUAAUAUUAUUGUAUAAAUAACACCGGUCAAGCUCUAAAUUUUAUGACCUUACAUGUAAAAAUUGAUUAAUGUAUUUUUUUUUUAAGAAUAUAUUCAAUAAUUUCACACAGAUAUAAAGAAAAACACAUUUGGAAUUUAUUUUAAUGGAACAUUAAAGGUUUUUUUUUUUAAAGAAUAUAUUCAAUAAUUUCACACAGAUAUAAAGAAAAACACAUUUGGAAUUUAUUUUAAUGGAACAUUAAAGGUUUUUUUUUUUUGGUUAAAAAUAUUUGUGUGAUACGAGAUGUAUAAAAAUGUAUACGUUAAACAAUAAAUAUAAUAUUAUAUUGUUAUUAAUCGCUGUAGGAAUGGAAAAAAAUUAAAUAAUUCGCCGACAGUGCAAUAUUUUAUGUUAUAAAAAAUUAUAUGUAUAAAAUAUAAAAUCAACUUAACUAUUGAAUUACAAUUUUUUUUUUUAAUUAGUUAGAAAUAAAAAUAUAUUAUCACAGUUUAACCAAGUUAACUUAUCGGUCAAAAUUAAUUAACAACUAUCCAAUGUGCUCUUAGCUAAAUCAGUUUGUUAAACAAUGCGCGUUAUUUAAUAUAAUAUAUAUAUAUUUUUUCAGUUUCAGUGCAAUUCUAAAAAAAAAAGUCCUACUCUAUUUGAAUGUAUAUCAUUUUUAUCCUUAAACACUCAAUUUAAUGUACGAAUCCAAAUGUUAUUUAGUCGAAUAUAUACAUAAUAUAGCAAUAUGUACG